AUGCGUUCAGUCAGCUGUUCAGAGCUUCAAGCGAAUGGUGUCCCUUACAGUCAUAAUAACGGAGGAGGUUCAGGCUUCACUAAUGGAGAGGAUCAUCAAAAUGGCCUCCACCAUAUUGCUCGUUCUUUCAACGGUAGUCUGCCUCCCAGUGGGAAUCAGCAACAUCAUCCCAUCUACCAACCAAAUCUUAAUGGGCAAUCGCAGAGAAAAUUGUCUCAUUCCCUGAAAUCUGCCAGUAAUGGCAAACUCAGUAACAUUGUGAUGCUCCUGAAAUCUCCCAAGGUUUCACUUCGCCGCUCGUCUUCGCGUUCAAAUAAGUAUCAGCAAUCCAAUACAACGCUUAUUGAAGAUGCUUGGCUCGACGAUAUAGGACUUCCAAUGUACAAGACCAACUUUGAAGCUGAACUUAUCGAUGCUUAUGUCCUUCACGAGCUCACUUUGUCGGAGCUUCAAUCACUGGGAGUUGACAGCGAACUCCAUAUGCUCUCAAUGCGUCGAGGACUCCAACUCCUGCGUCAGAUUGAUUUCGAUCUUUCUCGACUCUGUCGGCAUUCGCCCAAAUCUCCUAUCACUAAUGGUAACUCAAGCUAUCUUAAGAGUAAUAGCAAUGGAUCUCCAGAUGAUAUCUCUCCCACUUUCUCAGAAAUACCAUCGGUUAUGACAAAUUCUUCCCACUCUACCCCCGGUGUGCGCAUAAGACAAUCACCAUCAUUUAAAAUGGCCUCUACCAUCCAUAGGUCAACGUCUGUAUCUGCAGGUACAGUGUGUAGGGAAAGUACACCACCUAAAGGAGAAGAGAACUCACCUUCCAAAUCUUCCUCUUUAUCUUCCAACACUCCAUCCCAACCGUCAGCUUCUCCUGAGUUUUGGACCUGUUGUCGUUUGGAAGCCUGGUUGAGGGAGAUUGAACUCCCAGAAUAUGUCUCCAGUUUGCGGAAUAGUGGACUUCAUGGUGCUCUUUUGGUCUAUGAGGAUCGAUUUACAGUAGAUACUUUGGCUAAUUUACUCGAAAUCGGACCAAAUCGAACACUUUUGCGUAGGCACCUUUCGAAAAAUUUUUCCGAACUGUUAGGACAAUCAACUUGGAGCCGCAAACAGCGUUCGACAAAUGCAACAGAGACAAAUUCCAGUUCUGCUAUUAUCCUCAAUCCCUCUUCAAAGCUUAAGGUGAGUUUUAAUGGAUUGGUUGAUCGUCGAUCUUCCCUAAAGAGGAUCUUUGCCGUUUCCAGUGCAGUAAGCUCCAAUGCGGUACGUUAUCUUUCUUCCGAUCUACUCUGCUCCCUCGAGGCUGACUUUGAUUUCAAAAACUCUGCAGUGGUAAGUUCAUCUCACUAA